AUGCCUCGGCAUGAAAAAAAUAAGCCCCAUAUCCGUGAGAAAAACCACCAGGCCCAAGGUGCAGCCCGAGGUCUGAGGAGUGCCAAGGAGAAAGCAGCCAAGGGAAAAGCAUUGCCCUCCUCACUCCCUGCUCCUCUUGAAACUACUUUGCAGAGCAAGCCUGCUACAAGGUCAUGUAGCAUUCCCAGGUGGCCUCACAGAGCCCUAUCUGCCAUCACUAAGUCUGCAGGUGUUUCUCGCACAAGAUCAUCUAAAGGAGACAAGUACAAAAUGGAGAAUGAGAAAUCCUCCAAGGCCUCACCUUCCGAAGUGCAGUCUCAAAGAGACCCCCUAACUGAGAUGAGUGGUAUGUUGGUGCGGUUCCUUAUGCAGAUGUACAAAAUGAAAAAACCUAUUAGGAAAGCAGAUAUGCUCAAGAUUGUCCAUAAAAAGUAUAAAAAUCACUUCUCUGAGAUCCUCAGAAGAGCAGCUUUCAGCAUAGAGGUGGUAUUUGGUGUUGAUUUAAAGGAAGUUGAAGGUAAGAAGCAUUUCUAUGAUCUUGUCAGCAAAAUGAAUCUCCCCAACAAUGGGAGGGUCAGCCAUGGCAGGGUAUUUCCCAAGACAGGUCUCCUGAUGAUUAUCCUGGGCGUGAUCUUCAUGAAAGGCAACUGUGCCACUGAGCAGAAGAUCUGGGAAUUCCUGAAUAAGAUGAGGGUAUAUGCUGGAAAGAGGCACUACAUAUUUGGAGAGCCAAAGAAGCUCAUCACCCAAGAUUUCGUGAAGCUGAAGUACCUGGAGUAUCGCCAGGUGCGUGACAGUGAUCCUCCAUGCUACGAGUUCCUAUGGGGCCCAAGAGCCUAUGCUGAAACCAGCAAGAUGAAAGUCCUGCAGUUUUUGGCCAAGAUUAAUCAAACCACUCCCAGCGCCUUCACAUCCUGCUAUGAAGAGGCUUUGCAAGAUGAGAAAGAAGGAGCCCAAGCUACAAUUCCAGUAGGGGCUGAUACCAAUGCCAUGCAGUGA